GGAAACUGGAAAGAAAGGUCUUCACUUUGAUCUCUCUCUCUCUCCUCUCUCUCUCUCUCUCUCUCUGGGAAAAGCAAGAGAAACGUCGAAGAAGAAGCAGCGCCCUUUUCUUGGUCCUUCUGAAAGUUGGGAACCUGUUCGAAUUCGCUUGUUUCGGAGGUCUUUUUUCUUGUUGGGUGUUCGAUCUUUUGCCCCGUAAGAGAUGCUUCCACUUUCUUUACUCAAGACUGCGCAAGGCCACCCCAUGUUGGUGGAACUGAAGAAUGGAGAGACUUACAAUGGACAUCUGGUCAACUGUGAUACUUGGAUGAACAUCCAUCUCCGUGAAGUCAUUUGUACCUCCAAAGAUGGAGAUAGGUUUUGGCGAAUGCCUGAGUGCUAUAUCCGUGGAAAUACAAUUAAGUAUCUCCGAGUUCCAGAUGAGGUAAUUGAUAAAGUGCAGGAAGAAACCAAGAGUCGCUCAGAUAGAAAGCCACCUGGUGUCGGGCGUGGAAGAGGAAGAGGCAGAGAGGAUGGUCCUGGUGGAAGGCCAGCUAAAGGAAUCGGGCGUGGGCUUGAGGAUGGGGGCAGCAAGGGUCCUGGCGGAGGCCGAGGCAAAGGCGGACCUGGUGGGAAGGGAAGUGGAAACAGAGGAGGAGGGCGAGGCCGUGGCUGAACAGACUGAGAUGUUGCAAGUUGGGCAAGUUUGCUGCGUUUUUUGGAGGCAUCAUCAGCCCGAAAUUUAUGUGAAAUGUUCAGCUUCAGUUAUUCUGAUAUCUCGUUCUUGGGGAUUGAUCUAGUAAAGGCGGUGUCUAGUGGCAGAUUCGAUCGAUGUUGUACAAGAUUUUGGCGUUUCUUUCCUUUCUGUUUUAAAAUAUCUCUUUCAAGUAAUUAAGCAUUUGAGUGAAACAUGUUGAUGCUUCGAUCAAGUUAUCAGUAUUGCAGUAUUACUCAACCGACAUUUUGAUGUCGUCAUUGUUGAAUGAAGUUUAGUCAUGUU